AUGUACAAUAACAACAACAACAAUAACAGUGAUAAUCCAGUAUUGAGAAUGUUCAAUGCUAUUGAUACCAAUAAUUGCCUUCAAUUAUGGCAUAUACUUGAGAAUGAAUUAUCAGGUGUAACAUACAUUACAUACAAUGGUGAAACUCCACAAACAUAUGCUAAACGAUUAAAUCGUCAACAAAUUAUAUCCACAUUAGAUACUCAUCAAAAACUUUCUUAUAUACGAGCAAAAUUUGAUUUAUAA